AUGCUGAUUCACUUGCAACCAGAGCUGAUAGAAAAAGUAAACAAGCAUAUCGUGACGAUAAUAAAAAUGCCGGAGACGUGUUACCAAGCUCACAAAUGCCUGGAGAAUUCCGAGGCAGUGUUGAUGUUACAAAAAGCAGCUGAGGCUUAUAGUUCCUCCUUAUAUCAACUAGCAGUAACGCACUACAAAUCCGCAAUAGUCUUACUAAAAAGUACUUCAGACUACGAGGGAUCUCUUUUGAUUUCCGUGAUCCAGUACUUGAUCUGCAAGUGUCUGAUCGAGACAUCCCAGCUUGCUUCGUUGAUCGAAGCCAAGGACACUCUGAUCAACUUGAUAGAAACUACUGAUAGACUUCCGAUGCUUUACUACCUGCUGAGCAGUCUGUACAUCAAGACCUUCUGCUACAAAGAAGCGGAAAAAUUGAUAAAUUAUUGCUUGGCAUUUUUAAACAGCUCCACAAGUAUCACGAGCUUCAACAUCCCGACUACCAACGAAGUAAUUCCUGAGUCUACUUUUGAAGAGUUGUCCAGGUUACUUGUCCAGUUAAAGGACGAGUGCUCCGGCUGGCAUCGACCCGACGCAAUUUGCUUCAUGAAAAAUUGUAACUCUACUUCUUUAAGCAAUCUUCUGGAUCGCGAUAUUUAUUUCAAGUCGCCUGCUUUUAAUGGACUCGUUGUUGUUACUUGCAAUAAUAAUAUUAAUCCGUGUGUUUUUAAUUUUCAUAUCAAUUGCUGGAAGCUUAAAAAAGAAGAAUUGUCGCCUAAUAUUAAAUUGUCUGACAAGGAUUUUUUAAACUGGAAAUGUUUCACUCCUAAUUGCGAUAAUUUUGAUCAGUCUAGUGUGAUAAGCAAAAUUGAUAUUUAUAAUAGUGAUCAUACUAUUAAAUCUCAUGUUGCUUUGCCGGAAAAAAUUGUCAAGCAGCAGCAGACGCCUAAAGGCGCUGUUCGGAAGCAGAAAAUUAAUAAUCAUAAAAUUACACUUAAAAUUACUCGUCCGAGGAAUAUUAAUAAUGUUAUAAGUAAAAGUGAUAAUCAAAGUACAAAUGUUAAAAAUAAGUAUAAGAAAAUUAAAAAUAAUGACGAGAUGGUGUUGAUAUCGCAUUUGAUUAAAUUAAUACAGGUGCGGAAUUCCAACUAUGGAAUUGAGCAGGGAAAAGAUUGGCGACCUGAUCUAUCCUACUACGGAGAUUCUUCAAUGAUAGUCAGCGAAGAUAUGUACCCUGACAUUAUCGACAUAGAAGACGAAAACCUGAAGCAGCAGAAGGAUUUUCUAUAUUCCUAUUUUUACGAGUACGUAUCUUGCAACGCUCCAGUGAAAAAAGACACUUUAAUGAAGAAAUGGGAAGAAGCCAAGACUCUUAUCUCUAACUGUGACCUUAUUCUGUACGAAUUAAAGUGUCCUACUGUUGUAGAGUUUCUGUUAAAGUCCAUGAAGUUCGCUAUGGUAGGAGAGUAUGUUUGCACGCCAGCGACUCUUCCGGAUGCUUAUAAGCGAGUCAGUGAUAAUGUUUGCGGGAUUUUAAAGUGUUUGAUGAAAAAAGGCGGGGAUAGUGAUUCUGAUGAUGAUGAUGAUGAUUUGGUUAAUGAAGAAUUUUUAAAGAGUUUAAAUUCUUUUGAUUCUUCUGUUAGGGUUGAUAAUACUGAUGAUUCUACAGCUAAUGAUUUUAAAAGUGAAAAAAUUGAUGAUUUUAAAAAUCAGAAAAUUAAUAUUGAUAAAAAUAAAAAUCAAAAAAUUGAUGAGAUUAAUUAUCAAGAAAAUGAUUUAAAAAAUAUUGAUGAAAAUUAUCAAAGUUUUGAAAAAAAUUUAAAUUUUGAUAAAAAUUCAAAUUUUGAAAAAAUUGAAGAAAAAAUAAUAAUUGAAAAUGAAAAUGAUGAAUUAAUUGAAGAUAAUUUUACUGAAAAAUUAAAUGAAAAAUCUAAGACAAAAGUUUGUACAAAAACUUGUAAAAAAUUAUCUGAAAAAUUACAAAAAUCAAAAGAAGAAUUACAAAAUUUCCAAAAAAAUUUUUCUAACUUAAAAAAAACCUUUUUAAAAAAUAUGUUAUCCUCAGAUUACUCCAGUAAAAAAAAUGUCUUGCUAUUCAACAUCCGCUUGGCAAGAAAUGAAUAUUUUAUAAUAGAUAAAUUACAAACAAUAUUGAUCUACUCAACUGGAACAAUGUUACCAUUAAGUGAAGUUGAAUGGAAGACGCCAAUCCAGCAAAUGGAAAAAUUGUGCUUUGACUUGGACGAUGAUUACUCAAAAAAGCUAGAGCUGUUGAAUGACGAGGAGUAUUGUAAGACUAAUGAGAGUAUUAGUUGUAUUUGUAAUGUCUUACCGCCGUUGCCUAAAAGAGAUUUGACGCUGUUGAUACAAAUUGCUUUUAACUUGUAUCGUGAUAAUUUAAGGAGAGUUGAUCCGAGCUUUAAUCAAGCUCCUGGGUAUCCUCCGGGGUUUAACCAAACAAGUUUGUAUGGAAGUCCUAUGAUUUAUCAGCAGAGACCUCAGUUUUGGAAUCAAAUUUCUUCUUCAGCUAAUUUUAACUCUAAUUAUCAACAAUUUAUGCCGAGGAAUAAUCCAGUUUAUGCUGGAUGGAAUUCUAAAUUGUUUGCUGGGAAUAAUAUUAUUAAUAAUAAUAAUAAUAUUAAUGACCAAAAUAAUGUUAAUGGUCAGUGGAGUCUUAAAGCUGAUAUUAAAAGUGAAUUAAUUGAUAUUAAUUCUAAAAAAGAAUUUAUUAAUUAUGAUGAAAUUAAUUCGAAAGGUAGUUUGAGUGAUAUGAAGGAAAAAACUCAUGCUUUUAAUUAUACUGAGCCUCCAGAGUCGCUAAAUAAUGACAAAGUCCACAAAGUUCACGAAGUAUUAAUUGAUAAUUGUGAGGAGGAUCUUAAAAAAGUUUUGGAGGAUUGGAAGUCUAUUUGGGAAGAUAAGAGUGAAUUUAAAGAUUAUAAAGAAGAAAUGGGUGGAGAUAAAAAAGAGGUGGAAGAGGAGGAAGAAAUGGAAUGUGAAUUGAAAGAAGAAAUAGGGAAGAAGAAGUCGUAUUCAAUGGAUAAACUGCUGAGGGAAUUGAGAGCCAAGCACAGAGGAGUUCUGGAGUAUGAUUUAUUGUACUGUGUUGAUGCAGUUAGAAACAAGUAUAAUGGUUCGUUGUCUGGGUUGACUUUGGCGGAGAUUAUUGGGGAAGUUGAAAAGGUACUGCCGGGAAGGGAGAGAUUGCAGCUGAGGAAUUAUGAUAGGAGGAUUUUUAGUAAGAAGCAGGUGAAGAAGUUGGAGAAGGUUCAGGGGGCUAAGUCGACAAUUGUGAAGAAAUCAACCAGCAAGAGCAAUCCUUGGGCUACACUUGACGGCUAUCAGUGGACUAACGAAGAUUUUGGAGAAAAUGAAUGUAUUAUCUGCACGGAAGCUAUCAUUAAAUUUGGUAAAGUCCCUUCUUACACUCUGAGAUGCAAGCACACCUUCCAUAAAAAAUGCAUCAAAAAUUGGUUUAACCAAAAUCAAUCAUGCCCAAUAUGUCGCAUCCACUGUAUAAUCGACGACGAGUUCCCACCUUUGUCUUGA